AUGCCCGAGGCAGCCGGGCUGACCGGGGCACGGCCCCGGAGAGGGGCGGGGGGGCUGAGAGGCUUUGGGGGGCCUGGAGACAGCGCUGCGGUGCCUGAAGCCACAGUCUCCUCUUCUCUCUCCCUUCCUUGUCUCCCAGUGCCCAUCCCCUCGAAGGCCAACGGCACCACCAUCUCCAGCCUGUCAAUGAACAAGGAUGGCCUGGUUGGAGGGGUGACGAAUCCCAACGAGGUGUUCUGCUCCGUGCCCGGCCGCCUGUCCCUCCUCAGCUCCACCUCCAAGUACAAGGUGACGGUCGGGGAGGUGCAGAGGAGGCUCUCGCCCCCCGAGUGUCUCAACGCCUCUCUCCUCGGCGGGGUCCUCCGCAGAGCCAAAUCAAAAAAUGGGGGUCGGUGUUUAAGGGAAAGGUUAGAGAAAAUCGGAUUAAAUCUACCUGCAGGAAGGCGCAAAGCUGCCAACGUCACCCUGCUGACAUCCCUCGUGGAAGGUGAGGCCAUUCACCUGGCUCGGGACUUCGGGUACGUCUGCGAGACCGAGUUCCCGGCCAAGGCGGCGGCAGAGUACCUGUGCCGGCAGCACUCCGACCCCGCCGAGCUGCACACCAGGAAAAACAUGCUGCUGGCCACCAAACAAAUUUGCAAGGAGUUUGCAGACCUGAUAGCCCAGGACCGGUCUCCGCUGGGGAACAGCCGCCCCUCGCUGAUCCUGGAGCCCGGUGUGCAGAGCUGUUUGACUCACUUCAGCCUCAUAACCCACGGCUUUGGGGGCCCGGCCAUCUGCGCCGCCCUCACCGCCUUCCAGAACUACCUGGUGGAGUCCCUCAAGGGGCUGGAUAAAAUAUUCCUGAACAGCACGGGGAACGGGCACAGCGGGGACUCCAAAGCGUCAGACAAGGAGGUGAAGCAUCGGAAAUAA